CUCGUUCAAUCCUUAUUUUUCCUGAACAGAGGCACAAUCUUGAUGGCCCGCGCCUUGCUAUCAGAACCUGCGAUACUGUUUCGGUCUGCGCAGAGGAUGGAAGAACGAUCUCCUUUCUCCUAGCUACAACUGCUUGAGACAUAGCCCUAUGCUCUCAUGGUGAACAACAGUACCAAAUCAGCACCUUGUCGACAAUAAAAGUGAGCUCUGCCAUGUAUCGAAAUACUUUGGGCUACAUACUCGGAAGUGCAGACGCAACUUCGCGGCAUUGGUCCAGGCAAGCGAACUUUGGUCUUCGACCAGCCUCGAGCGUGUUUCAUGCAAGGCCUCGAUCUGCGGCUCUCAUCCUCCCUCGACUUGCCCCGCCAAAACUGUAGGCCUUGUACCUUUAGUUUAGCCCACGGUCUGGCAGCUACAGCGCCCAUCGUUGGUUUAUUGUUGCAGGAAAAGUCUCUGCGCGGCGGUCAAAUUCCCGAUGCCGACUGUCGAAGCUCGACUGUUCCAGCUAAUGAAUCCGCCAGAUCGGUAUGGUCCAUUAAUUCCUGGGCAUGAUGUCUAACAUCGCUACUGCGUAUUCACGGACGCAUUCUAUGUAGCACUGCAAGAGUCACGGACGCAUUCUAUGUAGCACUGCAAGAGACUCUGAAAUGUGACGAAUUUAUUGAG